AUGCGUAUAAAUGCAUAUGAUGGGUGUACAUGGGUCUGUGUAUAUGCUUGUAUACAUAUACAUUGGAUCGGUGCAGGAAAUGUUUUGGCAACAUAUCAGCUGUCCUCAAAAGUGACUGGGAGGUUAAAAAGGAGGAGAACAUGGUGGCUUUUGAUCUGUGAGAGAGUCCAGGGUAGUUCAAGGUUUAUGCUUCUGCGACGGCAGGCUUGUUCCGGGCUGGGCUUGGUUCGUGCUCUUCAGAGAAGAAAUAGUGCUCUUCGGUUCUCCGGGCACCAUCCUGAGGUGAAAAUGCCCAAGACCGUUCACGCGCGAAGGCUGGAAGGCCUGGAUGCAAAUAUUUGGGUGGAGUUUGCUGCGUUGGCUGCUGCCUGCAAGGCGGUGAACCUGGGCCAGGGGUUUCCCGAUUUCCCUCCGCCGGAUUUCAUCAGGGAAGCCCUCACGGAGGUUGUGGGCGAAGAGGACGUCUCAGUCCACCAGUACACGCAAGCUUUUGGGCACCCACGUCUGGUGGCCAUCCUGGCCCGGCUUUUUGGCAAGCUGUUUGGGCAAGACCUUGACCCGCUGGCCAAUGUGCUGGUGACGGCCGGCGCCUACGAGGCCCUCUUCUGCUGCUUCCAGGCCCUGGUGGAUAACGGAGACGAGGUGAUCUUGAUCGAGCCGUUCUUUGACUGCUAUGAACCAAUGAUCAAAAUGGCCGGAGGGACGCCGGUGUUCGUCCCUCUCCGAGAGAAAGCUGCAGAAGGUGGAAAACUGCCCUCUAGCAGUGACUGGCGACUGGAUCCCGUGGAGCUGGAGGCAAAGUUCACAGACCGAACUAAAGCCAUUGUCCUGAACUCGCCAAACAACCCACUGGGGAAGGUGUUCAGCAGAGCAGAGAUGCAGCUCAUCGCAAAGCUUUGCAUGAAACACGACGUUCUGUGCUUCAGCGACGAAGUGUACGAAUGGCUUGUGUAUGACGGAAAAGAGCAUAUUCGGAUGGCCGGCUUGCCUGGAAUGUGGGAGCGAACCAUCACUCUCGGGAGUGCUGGAAAAUCCUUUAGUGCCACAGGAUGGAAGGUCGGCUGGGCCCUGGGGCCGGAUCGUCUUUUGAAGCACCUCCGGACAGUUCAUCAAAACUCGCUCUAUCAUUGCGCGACGGCAGCUCAGGAAGCCAUGGCCCGCGGGCUGGAGAAAGAGUUCGACCGCCUUGGGCAGCCGGACAGCUACUUCGUCCAGCUGCCACGGGAGCUGCAGCGGAAGCGGGACUUCCUUCUCCAGAGCUUGCUGGCCGUGGGCAUGAAGCCGAUUGUUCCCGAGGGCAGCUAUUUCAUGACGGCCGACCUCUCAUCCUUCAAGGCUGACCUGCCCGACCUCCCGGACUCGGAGGAGCCCUUUGAUUCUCGUUUUGCAAAGUGGAUGGUCAAAAACAAGGGCUUGGCUGCCAUCCCAGUCUCGGCCUUCUACAGCUCUCCGCAGAAGAAGAACUUUGACCAUUUCAUCCGCUUCUGCUUUGCCAAGGAGGACUCCACUCUGAAGGCUGCCAGUGACAUCUUACAGCAAUGGAGCCAGGAAUCUGGCCAGUAAAAAGUUUCCUUGGCAUGAGUUCUGUAGCGCAUGUUGCUGCUGUCCCAGGCUGGGAUCCUGCCUUCGUGAAUUCUCCCCGUGAAAUUCUGUUUGCAACCCUGAAGCCGUGUCAAGCCUCCAAUUGUUUGGGCAUCCGCCCAUUUGACUGUCACAAGCGAUUUGUAACAUGUAAGCACUCCUUGGGCUCAUGCUAAAGAGCUUUCCAAAGCUCUCCCUGGGUGCCUUUUGGUCUGGAUUUCUGACCAGUACGCCCAGUCCAAACCUCACUGAGUGCUUUCUCUUGUUGUAAGAGAUGCUGAAGGCAGCAUCACACCUACUAAAAGUUCUGCCACUCUAACUGGAGGAAGUCGUCCUGGGGGCAGUGCUGUACCCGUGGAAUAAACAAUAAUGUCCAGCGCCCAGCACAACUCAGCCAGUGAGUUCGAGUGUUUUUCUCAAGCGCGUAGGAUCGACUGCAUGCAAGAGCCUCCUGAUGUUGGUACAGGGCCCAUGUGCUUUCCCCCGUCAACUCCCUCAGGCAAUGGUGGCAGUUGGAUUUUCGUCCCCCUUUCAGGGGAAGAAUACGCUACCUCUUUCCGACCCCACUCCAUCUCUUGAUUGUACUGUACUCUGGAAAUCAGCAGGAAGCACGACUGGUGGCAAAUAAAAAGAAUGUAUCUGCAAAAGCAAAA